AGCAAUAUACAAAUUCUCCGAAAUGGCCAUCUUGUAUCUCGCGCGUGUGACUACAUUAUUUACAGCGUAGAGGCUGCGGCGAUUGACCGCGUCGUUGCCGAGUAUGGCCCUUCAACAAAGCUUGGUGCCAUCGUAGGUGGGCAAACAUCGUGCAAGGCCCCUGAGAUUAAGGCAUUCGAAGACCACCUCCCGGCCGACGUGGACAUAGUUUCUUGCCAUUCCCUCCACGGCCCCAAGGUCGACACGACAGGCCAACCAUUAGUUAUUAUUAGGCAUCGGGCUUCUGAUGACUCCUUUAAGAAAGUCGAGAACGUCCUUAAAUGCUUACAUUCGACACACGUGUACCUAUCAGCACACGAGCAUGACCGCAUCACGGCAGACACGCAAGCUGUAACUCACGCAGCGUUCUUGAGCAUGGGCAAGGCGUGGCAUUCAAUGCGGCAGUUCCCCUGGGAGGGCGCGCGCUACGUCGGCGGCAUCGAGAACGUCAAGAUCAACCUAACCCUGCGCAUCUACAGCCAGAAGUGGCACGUGUACGCCGGUCUCGCCAUCCUAAAUCCAGAAGCUCGUAAGCAAAUCGACCAGUACGCGAAGAGCGUGACGGAGCUGUACAAACUCAUGUUAGGCGGACACCUCGACGAGCUACGAGCACGCGUCCUAGCCGCUAAGGAGAAGGUAUUCGGCAAAGAGCACAAGCCAAAGUGGGCCGAUAAGCCACUGCUAAAGGACGAGGUCCUAGAUCAGUUCACCCUAGGGGGCGCGCGAGCAGAGCCCCAACAGCCGCUUCCUAAUAACCACCUCAGCCUGCUAGCCAUGGUGGACUGCUGGAGCGCGCUGGGCAUCGUGCCGUACGACCACAUGAUCUGCAGCACGCCGCUGUUCCGGCUCUGGCUCGGGGUGACGGAGCACCUGUUCCGGGACGCGGGGCGGCUGGACGCGGCGCUGCGGAUCGCGGUGGAGGACAACACGUUCCGCAGCGACGACCUCGAGUUCACGUUCGCGGCGCGCGGGUGGGCGGAGUGCGUCGGUCUGGGACACUUCGAGACGUGGAAGGAGCGGUUCGUCGUCACGCAGAAGUUCUUCGAGCCGAGGUUCCCUGGCGCUAUUGAGGUCGGGAAUGCGAUGGUGAAGGCGGUGCUGGAGAGUACUAAGGACUAGGACGCUUAGGGGUGGCAUGGGGGGUUUUUUGUGUAUGAGUUCGCGAGAAUAUAUUGAGCACUGCGGUUGUGUUGUUAUGUUGUUGUGCCAUUGCGAUGAGCAGUCCGAGACCGGUUUGAUUAACGAAGCGUAUGUUUUCGAUAUAUGUUAAGCAUAUAUUUCUGCGCAUUAUGUACAGGUAGGUAACCUUUAAAGACUUACUUAAGGUGAGUGCCUUAAGUUUACGAAGGGUUAUUGUGUUGCAUUUUUUUUUACGCUAAGGACUUAUAUUACCUUUUUAUUUAACUUAAAUAAGAAAAUAAAACUAUUAAAAAUGAAAGUGU